CGUUCGUUCCCACCGGUUUGCGCCGCUGCUCCCCGUGCUCGCCUCUCUGCUAGACUGCCAGUCUAGUAGUCUACCACUCACUCACCAGAUCUAUCGCGCCAACGCGUCGCGGGAGCGUCGUCUCGCGGGACUUUCCUGCGCGAUCGCGACCAAGCGACGACGGUCGACGGCGAGGGAGGGAAUGUACGCCGCCGUCAGGUCCCCCACCCUCCUCCCCCAUUCCCACCGCAGUCCAUGGACGGUGGAGGGUUCCCAGAAGCAACGCGCCAGCGGCAGUAUAUAUUUUCAGGAAUGAACUAGGGUGAUGGAAUGAAUGGCACCAUCCAUGCUGCUUGCAGGACCAAGCCCACAUAAGAAAUGGCACAAUAAGACUAUUUCAUGUUUUGGUGCGAUGAUUAGUUCUAUGAAGUAUCAACCAAAAAAUCUCUGAAAUGGCAGUCUACACAAAUAGCAAGCAAGCCUUUUCAUCAAUGGGAAUGCAGGUUUUCAACAUUCGUCUUGGCCCUGCUAUAUAACUUCAACAAUGAUCUUGAGGAUGAUUACUCCAUUUCAUACAGAUGGCAAAUGCCCGUUGACUUACCAUCAUUUGUAUGUUCUGAAAGUCCAUAACUUAUAAAAGAAUGUCUUGAUUUUAGAAAUUCUCUGGUAGAUAGACAAAUAAAUGAAUAAGCAAUAUAAACCUUGUUAGACUUCGGUUCAUACUAUGUCUAUUGGUAGAUUGGUAAAUCUGUCUGCACUUUAAAUGCAUCUCUACAUUAGAUAGUGUUGGUAAGGAUGGGCAGAACCACUAACAAGGAUAUGGUGCUCAUGUAAUCAAUUAGCUCUGCAUCUAGUGUGCUGUAUUACAUUUUUCUUGCAGCUUACUCAAGAUUUCUAGCUUAUAUAACUCACCAAGAUAUAGCUGCAGAUUUGUCCAGAACUUGAAUCACAUCAAUAAAAAAUCAAGAGGUUUCAUGCCAAUGAUGUCUUUAGUGCCUUCUCAUCUAAAUUUUCCAAAGCACAUAACACUGAGUGACUUUUUUUUUCUUUUGUUACAGAACACGAUCAAUUCAUGCCCUUGUUAGAACUUAGAAGAAUGAGUUAUAUAUCUGCAGACAUCUACAUCGUUGCUGACUGUGUUCCUGGUCAUCAAUAAGCAGAGGCCAGCUGGCCUGUGGUAGUGUGGUUGGCUCAAGGAUACAGGAUGUCAAUUAGUAACUACAGGUCUGAGGAAGGAACAGCGGGUGUCCAAGCUUGGUUGGUUGGCUGGCUUGCCGGUUACAGCAAGUCAAUUAGUAACUACAGAUGGGAGGAAGGCGACGGACGGGUAUGGCUGACACGAGACCCUGUCUAACUCAUGUUUCUUUGUUCCUUCCCUCGUCAGUCGUCACUCGUCGCGUCGAGCAAAUAAAGUUACCCCUAGGGAGGAAGAAACCUGGCGGCAGAGCUCCUGCCGACGUCGAUCGGGCCAAAUGUUCACUGGUGGUCGGCAGGCGAGGCGAUCGAAGCCGUGCUGCGACAAGCUUGGGGUGAAGCGGGGGCCGUGGACGGCGGAGGAGGACCGCAAGCUCAUCAACUUCAUCCUGACCAACGGCCAUUGCUGCUGGCGCGCGGUGCCCAAGCUCGCGGGCCUGCUGCGCUGCGGCAAGAGCUGCCGCCUGCGCUGGACCAACUACCUCCGCCCGGACCUCAAGCGCGGCCUCCUCACGGACGCCGAGGAGCAGGUCGUCAUCGACCUCCACGGCAAGCUCGGCAACAGAUGGUCGAAGAUUGCUGCCAAGCUACCGGGCAGGACUGACAACGAGAUCAAGAACCACUGGAACACGCACAUCAAGAAGAAGCUGAUCAAGAUGGGCAUCGAUCCAGUCACGCACGAGCCCCUCGACCGGAAGACAAGCAGCAGCCCGGCUACAACCUCGCAGUCAGCCAAGUCCGACGAGGCGACCAAGCAGCAGAGCCCGGAGAACGAUGAUGUUGUCGUGAUGAGGGACGUGCCGGCCGAUGGUUGCAGCCCGACGGAAUCGAGCACGAACACCGUGAGCACUGGCGGAAGCAGCAGCAGCAGCAGUGGUGGCCAUGACCAAGACCCGCUGGUGAAGUGGCUCUUGGAAGAGGAGCCUCCCACCGGCGACGAGCCGUGGCUCAACUUCAGUGGCAGUGUCGAUGUGGACGAGUUCAGCAGCAUUGCCGCCGGUCCGGAGUUGUUGCCGUGGGAUGGCGCGACCGACUGGCUGCUCGACUACCAAGAUUUUGGAUUGGGGGACUCGGCGACCUUGGUCGAUGGCUACAUGGUCAACAACAGCUCAAACGGAGCAAAGCUCUAGCUAGCUAGCCCAAGAUGCCAUCUCAUCUGCUUGUGUUGCUGCCACUGCCAGUGUACGUAGAUAAGUAAUAAAAACAUUGGUAUCGAGGUGUCAAAGGUGGAUGACCAGAUCGUAGUAGGGUGAUCAGAUCAAGAGUCCUUGCAUACACUCCUGGACCUCGACCCAGGCAACUGACGGCUGGGAUGCAUUUGAGAGGAGGGUGGGGGAGGGAGGAGCACGGGCCCAUGAACCUCAAAGGGAUAAACUUUGGUGCUUGAAGAGCUUGAAAGAUGUGUUUCUUCAGAAAGAGAGGUUGUAGAAGUUAUUGCUGUUGUGUACAUGCUUGCAAUACAAAAUCGUUGCGUGAGUAGAUGUAGUUAUACUUUGGUGUAUAUAUAUUGCUAAAUUGCACCUCGUUAGGCAUUUUGUUUGCGAAUUGCAUGAGUCACUAAUUAGUGAGCAAAGAUGUGUGCUCGAAGAAGGGUGGUUGAAUUCGUUUUUUUCCGAUGAAAGAAGAAUUAUAUUA